AUGGCAGGUAGAAUGGAUUUCUUCAACAAUUCACAAGAUCCAUUCAAUGGUGAUUUAAUGGAAGUACUUGAACCUUUUAUGAAGAGUUCUUCCACUACUACACCUUCCUCAUCUUUUUCUACAUCAACACCCUCUUCUCUAAAUUCACACCUCCCUUCAACUUCAUCUCCAUUUUACUCUUUUACCCCUACCUAUUUCCAACCCUCUUUUUCUUCACCUUCUUUUCCUCCUCCACAGCCCAAUUUCUACACAGAAAAGGGUUAUUGUUCAUCCAUGAUGAAUUAUCAAUUUCCCUCGGGUAAUUCUUCAUCAACCAGCCAAAAUUUCAUAGGCUUUGAACAACCACAACCAAGUUCUGCAAUCGGGCUAAACAACUUAACUCCCUCUCAAAUCAAUCAGAUCCAAACCCAGAUCCAGUUUCAGUCUCAACAAAUCAAUCCAAAUUUGAGCUUUCUUGGGCCUAAGCCCGUCCCGAUGAAACAGCCUGGUGUACCUCCAAAGCCGACGAAGCUUUACAGAGGUGUAAGGCAGAGACAUUGGGGAAAAUGGGUGGCCGAGAUAAGAUUGCCCAAGAACAGAACAAGGCUCUGGCUUGGUACUUUUGAUACUGCUGAAGAAGCUGCUUUGGCUUAUGAUAGAGCUGCUUAUAGAUUAAGAGGUGAUUUCGCUAGGCUUAAUUUCCCAAACAUGAAGGACCAACAAGGUUUGUUUGGUGAAUUUAAGACUUUGCAUUCGUCUAUUGAUGCUAAACUUGAUGCUAUUUGUGAGAGUUUAGGCAGUGAUGAAGCGAAGAAAUCAGAGAAAGUGGAGAAAAAAGUGAAACUAUCUAAGAAGUGUGUGAAAAAAGAGGCUCAGGUUCAAGUUCAAGUUCAACCGAUUGUUGUUGAGAAUGAUGAUAAUAACAACAACAAGAAGGUUGUUGUUGAAAGCUCUUUGUGUUGUUCAAGUGAAGGUUCUGAUGAUUCUUCUCCUCUUUCUGAUCUUACUUUUGGUGAUUCUGGUGAGCCACAGUGGGGAAAUUUUAAUCUGCAGAAGUUUCCUUCUUAUGAGAUUGAUUGGGAUUCUCUUUGA